CCCCGCCCCGGCCGGUCGCCAUGUUCUUCCCUCCGCCCUGGACCGAGCAGCUGGAGCUGGAGUCGGGUAGUGCCUCUGCUGCUGCCUCUUGCCCACCCAGACCCCGACCCUCUUUCUGCCCUCCUUGCACCCAGGCGAGCCGGCCCCGAGCUCCCCGGGCGUCCUCCGUGUGUUCGCGAGGUAAUGAUGCUUGAACUGAGCUACUAAGAGAUUACUGCCUUGGACAAUCAUUCCAAACUGUGGAACAUAAGAGACUUCACGUACUUUUAGGGUUCCAAAGUCAAAACUUCUAAGAUUAACAAUGGCAGGAAAAUCAUCACUCUUUAAAGUAAUUCUCCUGGGAGAUGGUGGAGUUGGGAAGAGUUCCCUUAUGAACAGAUAUGUAACUAACAAGUUUGAUGCCCAGCUCUUCCAUACAAUAGGUGUGGAAUUUUUAAACAAAGAUUUGGAGGUGGAUGGACAUUUUGUUACCAUGCAGAUUUGGGACACAGCUGGCCAAGAGCGAUUCCGAAGCCUGAGGACACCAUUUUACAGAGGUUCUGACUGUUGCCUGCUCACUUUUAGUGUUGAUGAUUCACAGAGCUUCCAGAACUUGAGUAACUGGAAGAAAGAAUUCAUAUAUUAUGCAGAUGUAAAAGAGCCCGAAAGUUUUCCUUUUGUGAUUUUAGGCAAUAAGAUCGACAUAAGUGAGCGGCAGGUAUCCACAGAAGAAGCCCAAGCCUGGUGCAGGGACAACGGCGACUAUCCUUACUUUGAAACAAGUGCAAAAGAUGCCACCAAUGUUGCAGCAGCCUUUGAGGAAGCGGUUCGAAGAGUUCUUGCUACUGAGGAUAGGUCAGAUCACUUGAUUCAGACAGACACAGUCAAUCUCCACCGAAAGCCCAAGCCAAGCUCAUCUUGCUGUUGAUUGAUAGAUUAUUGGUGUGUUAUAACUAAUUCAUACGUGCACAUGAGGGUGGAUAAGAUGAUUAGUGUUUGCAGCAGUGUAUCAUCUACUAAUAAAUUUAAACUAAUGUUUAUGGCUGCUUCAUUAGUUGGUGGGAGAGGGGACACAUCCACUCUGGAGGAAUCUAUUUACUCAAUAAUGGCACCUUACAUUUAUAAAUUGUAACGGUUGUCUAAUAAUGUUUCUUUAAUUUAAAUAUGUAAGUUAGAGCUAAUGAGAUGACCACAACUUUAAUUAAUUAAAACAAAAAACUUGACUAUUCUAGAAGUUAUACUUGGAUUGUUUCCCUCCCCCCUUGGGAAAAUGGAGAACUACUUGUAUAUCUGUAUAUUUUUAUGUAAUUAGCAUUCUAUCUUGGUUCAGGGAAAUGACUUCCUAAAGCAAUAAUGUUAAAUGUUAAAGAUUAAAACCUAAUGCAUUUACAUUGCAUUGCUUUUUUAUUUGGUUAUGUCUUCAUCUCUUUAAACUGAUUAAAUCAUUCACAUUUCUACAUAUUAGAAUCUAUCUCACAGUU